UUUAUACGUGGAGGCGCACUCCGAACUUUAGACACUCGGGACUCACCGCUUCAGCAACACAUUGGUUGGGACAAAUCCAAAAUAUCGGCAAAAUGAUGAAGAUUACUUUGUUCGCUCUGGCCGCGCUGGCGCUCGUAUGUGCUGUGCCCCAGGACAAGCCAGCAGCCGCUCCGGUCGAGAUAGUGAAGCAGGACUCUGAAGUAGACAUCAAUGGAUACAAUUUCGACUUCGAAACAAGUGACGGCACUGCCCGACAGGAGCAAGGCGAAUACAAAAACGACACCGAGCAACAAGGCCUUUCUGUGAAGGGCAGCUACAAGUACGUGGCCCCUGACGGACAACACAUCUCUGUGACCUUCCUGGCCGACAAGAACGGAUACCAGCCCACCCAGCACCUCGGCGACGAGCCUGCUCCAGCCCCGGCCCAACCUUGAAGACCAAAAGACCAGUUCAAAGUACAGUUCGUAACCAAAUGUUAAUUUUCUAAGAAAUCCUAUACGCAUCUAGUCGCUAUGGUGACGUUUUUCACAAAAAUAAAGAUUGAUCAACAUCUUGA